UGAUAAUUGAUACAUGGCUUUAUAAGUUACAUUUAUUAUUUUAUUUACGAGUUACAAUGAAACAGGUAAUUUUACAGUAUUAACACAUUUGCCGCAUUUGAUUGCAAGCUCAGUUCCAGACAAAGUACCAUUUUCAUAUCUUUUAAAAUAUUCCUUCAAUUUAUUAUCACAAUUAUUGUAUACUUUCUGCCGUUUGACUGUUUGCGUGAAAGAUUCUGUAUAACGUGUAUAAUUAUAUUCAUUUUCUUCUUUUAAUGCUUCGAUAAACUCAUAAAUAUGUGGAUGAACACCAAAAUGCUGUUUUAAUCGAUUAUGAAAACCUUCGACAUGAUUAUUUGUUCGCGGCUGAUCAAUAAUAAUUAAAUCAUGAAUAUUCCAAAUAAAUGAUGGAAAUAUAGCGUCAUCAUCAACAUAUGUAUCUGUUAUAUAAAAAAUGGACAAGUUUUAAAUGUACCAUCCAUAUGCCACGUAUCAACUUCUGAUAAAUAUUCAAAAAAUAAAUUUUAUUCGUAAAUAAAAUAAUAAAUGUAACUUAUAAAGCCAUGUAUCAAUUAUCAAAUUAUAUUAAUAUUGAUUAGUAUACAGUUGACAGAAAAAAAAUGAAUAGUUAUAAAAUGAGUAGAAUGAUAGAAAAUGUAAACGGGAUGAAACGAGUGUGGGACGAAACGAGAGCUAAUUAACAAAUACGGGACGAAACGAGAGGAUACCGUAUUUCUAUAUAUAUCGCAUAUGUUUCUUAUUCUAUCACACACAAAUUAGAUAACAUUAAAACUAUUUUAAAGAUACUUAGUCUAUAAAUAAUGAAAAAUCUGUUUACAUAUACUUUACACAUAUAUAAAAGAAAAAUAUUGUUAAUUUAUGCAAAUAGCAAAUAUUGUUCAUAAUUAGAAAAGUUUACGUAGAUAGAUGACUCAUUAAUAACGAUUCUCCAAGAGAUAUUUCUUAGUGUACUUUGAUUGUUUGAACGGUACACAUACGGUACUGCUAAAAAAAACACGAUUUUCAAAAUUUCUAUGAAAACGACUAGCUAGAAUAAAUUCAAAUAGUGAUUUGGACAGCUGAAAUGAUGCCCUAUCAGAUGAGGUACAUGUCACUGUUUCAUAGAAAGUGUUAAAAAUAGGGUUUCCAGAAAAACGCUUCAGCGGAAUUCUAAGUCCUUGAAGAUUUUUCGGAAAUUUAUUCCAACAGUUCAGUUUUGUAGAACUGGAAAUUCUGAUGAAAACGAGAUAUCUACGAUAUUUCCUCAUGGAUGUACAGGUGCACGAAAAAUGGUAAAAAGUAUAAAAAAAGUCCCAGUGUAUCUCGUACUCUUGUGGACGCUGCCAAAAACAAGGAUUAAUAUGUUAAUUGUCUUUAUUUUUUUCUUCUAGCAUCCAUAGCCGAUGGUUCAACAAGUGAUUUAUCUGAAAUUGGUAGUUUAUAUAAUUUUCCUAGCGCUAUUCGACAAAGAUCUGAUUCAUUAACAAAUUUAUUUAAUUUAUCUGAAGACAGUGCAUCUGUUUCUAAUUUGAGUGUUGCCUCUUACUCAUUAUCACAACAUUCAUGCGAUUAUGGUCCAACAACAACAAUUCCAAACUCAUUUAUCAACGGUAAUGGAUCUGAUUCAAAUAAAAUCUUACGUAAACAAUAUAGUUCAUCACAUAAAAAUUUGUAUGACGAUCCGUCUUCAACAUCGUCACCACACCACGGACAUUUCAGUGAUUAUACAUCUCGUCAAAAUAAUAAUUCUACUAGUCAUUAUCAAACAACGAAUACACAAUCAAAUAGUAGUACAAACGGUUAUUAUUGUAAUACGAGUUUAUCUGACUCAUCGUCGAUUGGAUCAAAUAUUAACGAAUAUCGAAAAAGUUUUCCAGCAAAAACUGCUGAUUGUGUUUUGAAUACAAUUGGACUGGGAGGUGUAAAUACAACAACGAGUGGUGAUGAUAUUGAUGCAACAGAUAAAUGUGGACUCAUUUCAUCUGCCGAUUACGAUGAUAAUGAAUCAGACGAUUGUGAUGAUAUUAUUGAAAAUGGUAUAAAUAAUGUCGGUGAUUUAUCGUCAUUCAAUGAUGGAGGUGGUGCACAUUCUUAUUACGCUGGCAGUUCAGAUGAAAAUGAACAAAUUCAAAAUCCAUCGAAUAGUGCAAGUGCCACUACUGAUAACAACGGUACAACAACAACAACAGCAACAACAAUUACAAAAUCAUUACAAAAAAAAACAAAUGGAAAAUUACGAAAGACUGUGAUGAACAAUGUUGUUGACAGAUUAAUUAAUUCUGGGAAAGGUAUCAAAUGUUAA